UCUAACUGUAAUUUUGAAGAUUUUUGAUUUUUUUUACAUUAAGAUUUUAAUAUACGAGAAACAACACAUUUCAGAACUGACACAAAAUUAAUAGUUGCCACAUGCUGCUACUCAUCAGUCAUAGCACCCAACACAACGAGAGUGGUUGUCAAGCUCUCCAUAACGCGUUAGAGUACAUAUGUCCUAUCACCUAAUGUAUUAUCCCAUCAUCAAUCCUUUCUUUUGGCUCCUUCAUGCCUCCCCUCCUUCCCUCUCUUGUAACCUUACUCCAUGGUUUGUAGUCUGUUCUACUCUUGCAAGCGCCACGGUCCACUUUGCCAUAAAACUGAAAGAAAAAAAAACAAAACCAAGUUGCUAGCUUGCUACGACCAUAAACACAGAGACAAGGCACACUAGACAGGGAGCAACACUAGCCCAGAUGGCAUUAAAGGAUCCUUAAAUGAUCCCAACUUCAUAUAACCAACAGGAAUGAUGAGAUGAAGGAGAGACAACGUUGGCAACCAGAAGAAGAUGCUAUCCUAAGAGCCUAUGUUAAGCAAUAUGGUCCGAAAGAAUGGAAUCUCAUCUCUCAACGUGUGGAAGCUAGUGGCAAAACCCUUAACAGAGACCCAAAAUCCUGCCUUGAACGCUGGAAAAACUACCUCAAACCAGGCAUCAAGAAGGGAUGUCUGACCCCAGAAGAGCAAGCCCUUGUCAUUUCUCUCCAGGCCAAGUACGGUAACAAGUGGAAAAAGAUUGCUAGUGAAGUCCCUGGCCGUACAGCAAAGAGGCUUAGCAAGUGGUGGGAGGUUUUUAAAGAGAAGCAAUCAAAGUCCAAGUCUUUAUUGCACCAUCACCAUAAUACACAAUACUCCAAUCAGCACCACCAACGAGAAGGGAAUAUUCCGGCCACCGGAGAUAAAACUUCUCCCCAAGGAAAAUACGACCACAUCUUGGAGACCUUUGCUGAGAAGUACGUGCAACCGAAGAUCCUCAACCAGGUUCCAUCUUUUCCCUGUACUUUAUCCGCUAUGAUGCCUCCCAUGCCCGACCCUGACCCGGUUCUCUCCCUCGGGUCUGCUUGGAUGAACCCCGUUUCAAACUUGUCAUCUUCAACUAGCACCACAGUUUCAGCCACACCAUCCCCAUCAGUGAGCUUGUCAUUAUCUCCUUCUGAUCCGGGGUUUGACCCGAUCUCGACCCGGAUCAUACCGGGUCAGCAAAUGGGUACUUUGGUUCAGUAUUGCAAGGAGCUCGAGGAGGGGAGGCAAAACUGGCUGCAGCAUAAGAAGGAGGCAACAUGGAGGCUUAGUAGACUAGAGCAGCAGUUAGAGUCAGAGAAAGCAAGGAAGAGAAGGGAGAAAAUGGAGGAGAUCGAGGCAAAGAUAAGGUGUUUGAGAGAGGAAGAGAUCGCUUUUUAA